AUGAAAUCCACCAGUACUUUCUCAACUAAUAUAGGACAGCGUAAUAAUGAGCCAGGAUGACUAGUGCAAUCCUCUUGCACCCUUAUCUCAGCACAUCCUGACCGCAGUUUUCUCACUUCUCCUUAGGAUUCCUGCUUGCCAAUCUCCAUCCACUUCCUCGUUCCCUGCAACAAGGAUAAUGUCUGACACACCGGAAGGCAUUGUUGAGCACGCCUACGACCAUAUCACAGAAUGGUACCUGCAGUGGGUGACAAGCCAGAAGUCACCGCGACAACGAUACACCAAGAUGCUCCUAGACAAGCUGCAGCAACCCUCACCCUCCAUUCUGGAGCUUGGUUGUGGUCCCGGGGUCCCCAUUGUGAAAAUGCUUCUCGACCAAGGCGCGCAAGUGGUCGCCAAUGACAUCUCCACCAAGCAGAUCGAGAUGGCCAAGGCCCGGUGCCCGGGGGCCACGCUGAUUGCGGGCGACAUGACUACUGCGCUCAGCUUUGAGUCUGCGAGCUUCCACGGCAUGAUCAGCUUCUAUACGCUGUUCCACCUGCCACGGUCGAAGCUCAAGGCCAUGUUCGCUAAGAUCCAUGGCUGGUUAAAGCCUGGGGGUGUGUUUGUUUUUAAUCUUGCGACUAUCGAUGAGGAAGAAAUCCAUGGAGAGUUCUUAGGGCAUGGAAUGUUCUGGAGCAGCUAUGAUGUGGAUGAGAAUCGAGCGAUUCUGACAGAAGUUGGAUUUGAGGUGUUGCAGGUGGAGGUAUUGCAGGCAGGCGAUGGGAAGCUGGAGGAGGAUGACCCGGACUUUGAUGCCGAGUUUAUGUGGGUGAUGGUACGAAAGAAGGAGUCUUCUACGUAGCGGAAUGCUGCUGUAACUAACAAUGCGUAUUAACUAUAUGAAGAGGCCAGGCUACAGAAGGCUUCCAAGCAGGACUCAAAGUUUUUAUAAUAACAUCAAGCACAUCUUCACCCC